CUGUUUUACACACCUAUCGUUACCUGAGUUACCAUAGAAACAGAAAUGUGGCGCUCCAGUUGUUUUAGUGUAAUGUAACUGAGUCAGGGCUGUAACUGUUACAGAGCGUUUAGUCCUGAGACUCUGCAGGUUCCAUCAGCUCAGACUGUCUCUGUUACUGUGGAGGGAAACCUCAGUCUGAACAGGUAGGACAGGUGAACUUAUCAGGAGUUUACAGACACAUUAAAACUCAUUCUUAUUUUCAACAGCAGGAUCUGUCAGAGCUGCAACAGCUGUUGGAUCAACAGGAAAUGAAUGUGCAGAUAUUUAGAUCAUCAUCCACACAGUGGUUUUCUACAGGGAGGCUGUAGACACAGAGACAGUGUCAGAGAAACUCAGUGGAUCUCAGUCCUUCUGUGUGUCAGUCAAUGAAAUGGUCGUCCAUGCAUCGAGUGUGAGCUGAGCUGCUGUUGACUGCAGCUCCAUGACUCCAUCUAGUGGACUGAUAGUAGAAGUAGAGCAGCUGAUGGCAGCUUCCUCUGCCUCACUGCUGUCUGACUGCAUUCAACUGACACUGAUAUGAAAGAGGAAAGAAGAAGAUCAGUGGAGGAGCAGCUGAGAUUUCUCCAGGAGAAAUGAUUGGAGUUGAUGAGCAGAUGAAUGAUUAGUGUUUUGUGUUUUCUCAGCAUGAGUGAUGAGGACAGAGAGGAGGGAGUCCCUCCCUCUAAAACCACUCUGUGUGGGGAACAUGAGAGCCAGACCAAAGCUCAGAGCCCAGAGCAGCAGCACUCACCACACUCCGCUGGACCUGGACCUGGACCUGGACCUGGACCCAGCUGUUUGUCCAUGAAGAGCAACAAGUCAAUUGAUAUUCCUCUUCAUUUCAGACAGUCUGUUGAUAGAAGUUUCAGGAUCCAGCAGCAGAGACCAGACUCUCCUGGACCCAGCUGUCUGUCUUUAAAGAGCAACGACUCAAAGAACCAUAUUAAUUUUAAAGGUCAACAACCCUCUGCUGCAAAGAGGAGGAAGCUGGGAGAACCUGAACCCAGCUGUGUGUCCAUGAAGAGCGACAAGUCAAGGGAUAUUCCUCUUCUUUUCAAACAAUCUGUUGAUGGAAGGAUCCAGCAGCAGAGACCAGACUCUCCUGGACCCAGCUGUCUGUCUUUAAAGAGCGACGAGUCGAAGGACCUGUUCAUUGACUUUAAAGGUCGACGUCCAUCAGCUGAUCAGAUAGUGGACCAGGAGAGCUCAGAGGUUCCCAGUGGUCAGUCUGCCCAGCAGCAUCAAACACACCUGGACUCCAUAUUUAUGCUGCUGGAGGAGAACAUCGUCACUUUUGUGAAGAAGGAGCUGAAGAAGAUGCAGAAGGUUCUGAGUCCAGAUUACCCAGAAUGCUUAGAGAGUCAGAGGGAGGAUGAGGAGGUGUUGGACGGUGAGGAUGAAGAGCAGAGGAGGAGCAGCAGAGAGGCAGUUUCUGAAGAUCACACUGAACUUCCUGAGGAGAAUGAAGCAGGAGGAGCUGGCUGACUGUCUGCAGAGCAAAUCUCCUGCUAUGUGCCAGCACAACGUUAAAUCUAACCUGAAGAAGAAGUUCCAGUGUUUGUUUGAGGGGAUCUCUAAAGCAGGAAACCCAACCCUUCUGAAUCAGAUCUACACAGAGCUCUACAUCACAGAGGGAGGGACUGGAGAGG